UUUCUUGCUCGAGCCUCUCUCUAUUCUUUCGCAUGGUAAUUGUUAUGCCAAGAAAAGAUUAAUGCCGCUAGAUUGGAUCUUGGACAAGGUGAAGGAGGAGGAGGAAGAGACAGGAAAGGAUGCUGCAGCGGGCAGCGAGCAAUGCAUAUUCAUGGUGGUGGGCAAGCCACAUCCGCACCAAACAGUCAAAAUGGCUCGACAACCACCUCCAAGAUAUGGAACACAGGGUCAAGUGCAUGCUCUUGCUCCUUGGGGAGGAGGCCGAUUCCUUCUCAAAGAGGGCAGAGAUGUACUACAAGAGGCGACCUGAGGUGAUCACUCAGGUGGAAGAGGUAUACCGGGCAUACAAGGCUCUGGCUGACCGGUAUGACAUCAUGUCAGGGGAGCUACACAAAGCAAAUCACACCAUUGCCACAGCCUUUCCUGACCAGGUCCAGUAUGCAAUGCUGGAAGAGGAGGAUGAUAACAUCCCAAAGGCGUUCACCCCAGUCGACCCACGCAAAAUCCACAAGUCAACUGUUGAUGGAUUGAUGAUGAAGAAGAAGAAGAAAGGAGAGCAUCCUGGGUCCAUGGUUGGAGGAGCAACCUCAGCUCCAGUCAACAAGGAGAAUGCACGGGAAGAGAUCAGCAGGCUACAGAAAGCUAUAUUGGCCAUGCAGACUGAGAAAGAGUUUAUCAAAAGCUCCUAUGAGAGCGGCAUUGCAAAGUACUGGGAUCUCGAGAAGGAAAUCCAUGACAUGCAGGAGCAAGUUUGUCACUUCCAAGAUAAGUUUGAUGAAAGCGCGGUGAUUGAAGAUGAUGAAGCCAGAGCCUUGAUGACAGCGACUGCCCUCAAGUCCUGCGAAGACACCAUUGUCAAACUGCAAGAACAGCGGAAGGCAUCUGCGGAGCAGGCAGUGGGAGAAUCGGAAAGAGUCAAGGUUUUCAGAGAGAAGCUCAAGGCUAUAAUGAACAAACACGGCAAAUCUCUACCGGUCUCUCUGGACCUUUCAGAGAAGAACACCACUCGGAAGAGCCAUGGCGCAGGAAUGGAGAAUGUGUGCUAUGUCAAACAAUGUGCAAUAGACGCGGAGUCUAUCAUUGACAAGAUCAAGGAACACUUCGAGUCUGACUGCAACAUCUCCAUGGCAGAAGUUACAGAGAGGAUCGAUGAAAUUGUCAACAUGGUCGUUGACUUGGACCUCAUGGUUUCAGCACAAACCUCCCAGAUCGAUCGACUUCGCCAGGAAAACAAUGAGCUGGAGGAUUCCCUGCAAGGCCUGGAGGACGAGAAUACUACCGAGCUGCCCAGCACUGGAUCAAAUGAAUUGAUCGAGAAGCUUAGGCAAGCAGAAGAGGAGCUUGUCAGGGCUCAGGCUCUCGAAAGCUCCUUCCACAAAGAUGAAAGCACAAUCCGUUCCAACUUCUUAGAAGCAAUAAGCAGACUCCAUGAGAUAUCAGAGCUGUUGCUAUCGCCGGUCUGUGAUUCCGCAUCUGCCGCACGCACGUCCCAAGAAAUUGAGUCUUUAGGGCCGUCGUCAUCAAAUGAGUGCUGUGACAUGGAGAAGGUGGUGGAUGAUCCUAACGAUGCACUUGUGGCAGACAGCGAUGAGUCGUCGUCAGGUAGCACUAAGCUUAUUAGUGAGCAACAGUUAGACGUCGGCCAGCAGGACAGAAUUUCACGUGAGAGGGGUUCAUUGGUACGGCUUCGUCACAUUUCUUCAGGUAACCUUGGUGGAGGUUGCGAUGGACAGGAAGGCCUGUCGUCUUCUGCCGUGACUGACAUGAUGAAGCUGCAGGAGAGGCUCACAGAUAGUCUAGACGAUAAGGAGAAGGUCCUCUUAGGUGAGUACACUUCACUCCUUGAGGACUACAAGGACGCCAAGAGGAAGCUUGUAGAGAUGGAGAAAAAGAACCAGGACUGCCUGAAUGAGAUCCGGACACUGCGUGAAGGAAUCAUCAAAAGCAGCUCUGCAGCAGCAGGGGAAGGAGGCAGCGAGGGUUCGUGCAAGAGGAGCUUCUCUCGCCGGGGUCACAGGAGGACCCCAAGCUACUCGUCUAUCCAUCAGAGGAGACCAAGCGUUUCUUCCAUUUCAAGGCUGAUAAGGAUGGGCUCGGCCAUCCAAGAAGGUGCAGCAGGGAGCGGCAAGCAAAGUGACCUACUGGACGACCUGAGGCUGCCGGCUAUCGCGGAGGCAGAGAAUGCCUCGCCUCUGGAAGAGAAGUUCAGAAGGGACAUCGACACGCUCUUGGAUGAGAAUCUCGAGUUCUGGAUGAAGUUCAGCUCGUCGCUGCAGCGGGUGCAGGAGUUCCAGAACAAGCACGACGGCCUGCAGCGGAAGCUGCAGCUGAUAAACGACCAAGACGGCAAGCAGGACGGGUCCACGGAGAAGCAGCUGAGGGCGUUCAAGACGGAGCUGCAGGUGUGGUCGGAGCAGAACGCGAUGCUGCGAGGGGAGCUGCAGUGCAGGUUCACGUCGCUGUGCGACAUACAGGAUGAGAUCACGGCGGCGCUCGACACGGAGGCCGAGGAGGAGGCUCACUUCACGUCGUACCAGGCCGCCAAGUUCCAGGGAGAGGUCCUCAACAUGCAGCAGGAGAACAUCAGGGUGUCAGACGAGCUGCAGGCGGGGCUGGACCACAUCAAGGGUCUCCAUGCGGAGGUGGAGAAGGCGCUGGCCAAGCUGCACAAGAGCGUCAACCUGCCGCCGCAGCAAGCAGGAGCCGACAAGGAGGAGGAGGAGGAGGACGACAGCUCGUCUGGCCAUGGCGGCGGCGGCGGCAGCAAGUCCAAGGUGCCGUUGCAGUCGUUCCUCUUCCCGGCCAAACCUAAGAAGACGUCUCUGCUGGCCCGUGUCACGCCAGUGCUCCCGAAGCAGUCGGUGGACAUGAAGUUUCUUGCCAAGUUGCCAAGGUAGCAAGCAUGCUCUGUUAGAUACCAUACAUCUUUUGUGUUGAGUCAGACCAGAUGCUAAGAAAUGUAAUUCCCGAGUACGAGACAAUUGAGCUUU